AUGGCCCCCGUUCAGAAGAAGACAGGCAAGUCGAAGCCCAGCGACAAGGCUGGUGCCGCCGCCAAGGCAGUCUUGAAGGGUGCAGGCGCGCACAAGACUCGCAAGAUCCGCACCUCCACCACCUUCCACCGCCCCAAGACUCUUCAGCUGUCCCGGUCCCCCAAGUACCCCCGCAAGUCCAUCCCUCACCUUCCUCGCUUCGACGCCCACAAGGUCAUCCUCUAUCCCUUGAACACGGAGAGCGCCAUGAAGAAGAUCGAGGAGAACAACACCCUGGUGUUCAUCGUGGACGUCAAGGCGAACAAGCGACAAAUCAAGGCUGCUCUUAAGAAGCUGUACGACGUUGACACCAUCAAGGUCAACACCCUCGUCAGGCCCGAUGGACUGAAGAAGGCUUUCGCUCGUCUUACCCCCGAUGUUGACGCUCUUGACAUUGCUGCUACCAAGCUUGCCAUUGUCUAA